AUUAUUUAUAAUGGCAUGGCUACUUUAAUGAACCAUGUUGCGCGGUAUUGCGUGAUACAUUUAAUGUGUGUGUUUUAACAUGGCAAAAGGUGAUAAGGAAUUUGAGAAACCUAUAGUGAAAGAUGAAUUACCAAAUCCAGAAUGUAGGAACACCGAUACCGAGGAAUCAGAAUCGGUACAGGAACAACAGCCUUUGGAUAUCGGAGAGCAUUAUUUAGUGCGGCGUUCCGAUGAGUCAUGGCACCCGGCGGAGAUAAUACAAACGCGGUACAAUGCCGGCGAGUCCUGUUUCGAGUAUUAUGUCCACUAUGUGGGUUACGAUCGGCGCCUCGACGAAUGGGUUUCCCGCCACAGGGUUAUGUCCGACAGGUUUGACGUAUGCGAACAAUCUAAUAAUAUAAAUUCAGACCAUCUUUUGACCGACAAAUCGGGUCGUAAAAUAACGCGCAAUCAAAAACGUAAACAUGACGAAAUCAAUCACAUACAAAAAACGUAUGAGGAGAUGGACCCGACGACCGCGGCUUUGGAAAAGGAACAUGAAGCGAUCACGAAAGUCAAAUAUAUAGAUCGCAUUCAAAUAGGUAAAUACGAAAUAGACACUUGGUACUUUAGUCCGUACCCCGACGAGUAUGGCAAACAAUCGAAACUAUGGAUAUGUGAAUUUUGUCUUACAUACAUGAAGAUGGAAAAAACGUUCAGGUACCAUUUGGGUCAAUGUCCAGCUAAACAACCACAAGGCAGUGAAAUAUAUAGGAAAGGUACAAUAGCCAUUUUCGAAGCUGAUGGCAAGGAACAUAAAACUUACUGUCAAAAUCUGUGUUUACUAGCAAAAUUGUUUUUAGAUCACAAAACAUUAUAUUUUGAUAUAGAACAAUUUUUAUUUUACAUACUUUGUGAAGUAGAUAAAUACGGAGCCCACCUAGUUGGAUAUUUUUCAAAGGAAAAAGAUUCACCGGAGGGUAAUAAUGUAGCUUGCAUACUUACGCUACCACCAUACCAAAGACAAGGUUAUGGGAAGUUUCUAAUUGCAUUCAGCUAUGAGCUGUCGAGGUUAGAACAAGUGGUGGGUAGUCCUGAAAAACCAUUAUCAGACUUGGGGAAGCUUAGCUACAGGUCAUACUGGUCAUAUGUUUUACUGGAAGUGUUAAGUGUCAGUAGAGGUACAUUGAGUAUAAAAGAUCUAAGUCAAAUGACUGGAAUAUCCCAAACUGAUAUAAUAACCACCUUACAGUGUAUGAAUAUGGUGAAGUAUUGGAAAGGACAGCAUGUAAUUUGUGUUACACCAAAGAUAGUGGCGGAACAGUUAGCAAGUCCCCAUUUUAAGAAGCCUCGGCUGUGUGUAGAUAGGUCUGCAUUGCGCUGGUCUCCACCCAACAAACAAGGCAACUCGGCAAAAGCUAAAAAGUAGUACAGGCUCACAGGCAGGGCUUAGAGAAUGUUUGUAAUUUUAUUUGUGAAUGACUUUCUCUAGGCACAAGCCUGUUCAUUUAUAAAAUAUUGUUUUAAAUAUCUGUAUAUUGCUUUUAAACACAGUAAUUAGAGUGAAGUAUUAUAAAUGUUUGUUGACAAAUAAUUUGUUACAAAUAACAGAACUCAGUGCAUUUGUUAUAAAGAUAAUAGUUUUAACCCCAGUAAUAGAUCAAUUUCAAGUAGUGUUUAAGCCGCAAAAUGGCAUAAUUAACAAGUUUAUAUUUCAUUAAAAUGUUUCAUCAUGAAAAAAGAAUUUUCAGAUAGCUUAAGACAUAAAUGUUUCAACACUUUUGAUGAUAAUUAAUUCAUUUUGUUACACACAUCAUUGCAUCUAAUGGAAAGUUAAAUUUCUUAAAAGAAGUUAUUCUUUUUAGUAAACUGUUUAACAUAUAGUCAAACCAGGAUAAGCAAGAAUCUAAGAGACAGCUAUAUAUUUCUCGCUUAUAACUUCUCUCCAACCCAAUAUACCUUAUGUAGGUGGUCUAAUGAAGAAUAAUGCCUCGCUUAUCCUGGUUUGACUGCAAUUAUGUCUAGGUUUUUAAUAUAUUUUUGAUUUGUACUUCUGGGAAAUUCCACUUAAAUGUGGCUGUAAGAUCUGUGUACAUGUUUAGUUCCUUUUUAUACCGGUAUAGUGAUACUAAUUUUAAGUUUUAACUUAGCUUAAGUUCAAUUAAUUAUAUAUGUAAAUUUCUCUUAGUAUAUAAGUAUAGUUGUUGCGUAAUUUAUUAUUAAUCUGUCAUAGAUCAACUUAUUGUGGGUUUCUGAGACUGAAAUCUAUGUUUAAAAGAUUGUUU